AUGGUAAGGUAGUGAACUACAGAGGCCUACAAGAGAGAGAGAGAGAGAGAGAGCAGUGGAGCUUUGGAAGCUAUGGCAGCAGCCCUAAGCUCCCAAUUUCAUCCUACAACAUAUAGGAGUAUCAAAAAUGUCAAAACCAAGCAGCUUGUAUCUUGCUCAAUGCAGCAACCCUCUCAGAGCAACAUCAAGGUGGUUAUAAAUGGAGCAGCAAAGGAGAUUGGAAGGGCAGCAGUGGUUGCAGUCACUAAAGCUAGAGGAAUGGAGGUGGCUGGUGCUGUGGAUUCUCACCUUGUGGGUGAAGACAUUGGAAUGGUAUGUGGCAUGGAAGAGGCUCUAGAAAUGCCCAUAAUCAAUGAUCUAACCAUGGUAUUAGGUUCCAUAUCUCAGUCAAAAGCCACUGGGGUGGUGGUUGAUUUCACUGAUCCUUCUACAGUUUAUGAAAAUGUGAAACAGGCAACAGCAUUUGGUAUGAACAGUGUGGUUUAUGUGCCUCGAAUCAAACUAGACACAGUAACAGCAUUAUCUGCAUUUUGUGAAAAGGCCAGCAUGGGUUGCCUGGUCGCCCCAACUCUGUCCAUAGGAUCUAUACUCCUCCAGCAAGCUGCAAUUUCAGCUUCUUUCCACUACAACAAUGUUGAGAUUGUUGAAUCCAGGCCCACUCCAACUGACUUUCCAUCACCAGAUGCAAUCCAAAUUGCUAACAACCUCUCAAACCUGGGCCAAAUAUACAACAGAGAAGACAUUUCAACAGAUAUUUUGGCAAGGGGUCAAGUUCUGGGUGAAGAUGGGAUCCGGGUCCAUAGCUUGGUCCUUCCAGGCCUUCCAUCUAGCACAACCGUCUACUUCUCCGGCCCUGGAGAGGUUUACUCUCUCAAACAUGACAUCACAGAUGUGCGGUGUCUCAUGCCAGGCCUAAUCCUGGCCAUUAGAAAGGUCGUGCGGCUGAAGAAUUUGGUGUAUGGCUUGGAGAAAUUUUUGUAGAGACCUGAUGUUCUUCAAUUUCUGAGAGUGGAAUUUUAACCUUUCUACUCAUUCAGUGGCCCUCCCUGAUCAUCCAUCCUGUAAGCAAAUAUUGGACAGAAGAAGAUUGAAUAUGAUAAUGGAAGGAGAGAGGAGGGAGAUCUUUAAGCACUUUUCAGAAAGAAGUGUAUUAGAUCAUUUUCAUAUAAUGAUGAGAUGUAAUUUGAGAAACCUCGCAGUUUUUUUGUACUUGAUUUAUGAUUCAAACAUGAGCAAGGCUUUUCAGAUAUCAUAAAAUGCAGUGUGAUCAAAGUA